AUGUUUCAGUUGCAUUUGAUUUUAGAUGAGUUUAUACAACUAACAAAUGAGCACAUUCACUUGAGGACGGCACACUCAAAACUGAUGGGCUACUGGGUGACCGAAUAUGGAGGCUUAAAUGAAGUAACUCACAUGUGGCAAUAUGGUAAGCUAUUAAUCAGAGUACACACAUAAAAAUACAGAAAUACACAACCUGUUCCCAGCUGAUAUUGACAGCCUCGAACAAGGUUGUGCUGCAACCGAAUGAAAGGUGUAAUGAAAGAGGCAGAGAAGACCCUGAGAUGCUCUGGAGACUCCAAAUUGAUGAUCUAGAGACGCCAAAUUUUCAAAAUGUUCCCUAUGUUUAUCAAGCUUCUUCCUAUAUACCCCCAUGCAACCUCAUACUCAGACUCUCUCCUCCACUCCUUGCUGUACUUAUUUAGUGAGGUGGAACAUAGAGGAGAGAGCCUGAGUAGUAGGUUGGUAAAAACACAGUAAUAAUAUUUAAUAAAUAUCUGCUACCAUUUAUUUUCCAGAUAACCAUGGUCAUCGUACGGCCAUCCGAGCGGCUCUUGCAAGUGAUGAGAACUGGAUUGAUACCUACCUUUCAAAGAUGUUAACCAUGCUGGACAAACAGGUACGGUAACCCAUUAUCUUAUCGUGAUGUGAUAGUGGAUAAAAUUGGAAGCAUUUCAAGAUCAAAUGUAUAUAUUUGUUUUAGGAUAAUGCUGUCUUGUAUCCAUUCCCCUGGUACAAUGUGGUUGAGAAACCAAAUUUAGAACAAGGUAAACCAUUAAUUUAUUUUGGUGGUAUUACUGGUUUAGGGCAAUUAUGAGGGACGUGGAUGUUUUAGCCUAUUGAGUGCCAGCUCACUCUCCCCUUGAUUAGCAAAUUCUCCUAGUAUCAGACAGAGUAGGUAGGACACAAUGCCCAUGGAGUUCAACCUGAUCAAGUCAUUUGUUAGGGUGACGUGCUGCUUGCCACAUUAUUAAUACAUCAUUGAUGGAGCACAUGCAGCUUUGGUGGAGGCCGGGUCAAUUUGGGGCUAAUUGCAACCCACCCUGGCUAUACACAUUGCCUGUAGGAGAUAACCGGAAUAAACCCACAACUUUCAAUAGAAUGUUGACUGACUCUUCUCAAUGUUAUGAGUCUGCAGCGAGAAUCGUACCCACAAGGGCCCAAUGCCAUAAAUUAAGCCUUCCCUCUUUAAUGGCUGAGAUAAAAAUAGCUCCUGGGAGCUCAAUAGAGGAUUAAUUUUGCAGUAUUAUAUUUUUAAACUCAGGUGUUUAUGAGAUGCGACGACAUACAGUACUUCCCAGUAAAUUGGAACAAUUCUCUCACCGCUUCCAACAAGGUGUUGAAGAUCGUAAUAAAUAUUCCCAACUGAUCGGGAUUUGGUACAGCGAUUUUGGAGAAUUAAACGAAGGUAUAGGAGUGGUUGUGAUUGUAGAGUCCCCAUUGUUCUCAAUUGUGUACCAGUGGAACCAGAACAUGUUCCAAAUGCAUUGAGAAUGGAAUGAACUUAUCUUUCCCUGCAUUUUUCUCCUUAUAAGUCUAUCAUCUGUGGCAUUAUCGCAGUCCUGAUGAACGUUUAAAAAUCAGAGAAAAUUCAGAAGAGGAUGAGAUGUGGAAAGAAACUAGUAAGUUCUGGGCUAACUUUAUUCAUACUGGAUACCUCAAUCAAUUCUAAACAGUUCUCUCUAAAGGUCCAGUGAGUAUCAUCUUUUAUUGAUCCAGUGUUACUACAGGAGGAAACCCAAACUAAACUAACUUUCUUUAUACUAGAUAGCUCUAUCAGUUCUAAACUUUUCUUCCUAGAGGUUCAGUAAGUAUCAUCUUUUAUUGAUCCAGUGUUACUACAGGAAGAAACCUACUGUAAACUAAACUAACUUUCUUUACACUGGAUAGCUCUAUCAGUUCUAAACUGUUCUUCCUAGAGGUUCAGUAAGUAUCAUCUCUUAUUGAUCCAGUGUUACUACAGGAGGAAACCUAAACUAAACUAACUUAAUCUUUAUACUGGAUAGGUCUAUCAGUUCUAAACUGUUCUUCCUAGAGGUUCAGUAAGAAUCAUCUCUUAUUGAUCCAGUGUUACUACAGGAGGAAACCUAAACUAAACGUCUAACUUAAUCUUUAUACUGGAUAGCUCUAUCAGUUCUAAACUGUUCUUCCUAGAGGUCCAGUCUAAAGGUCAUCUCUUAUUGAUCCAGUGUUACUACAAGUGGAAACCUUAACUAAACUAUCUCUAUUUAUACUGGAUAGUUCCAUUAGUUCUAAACUGUUCUCCCUAGAGGUCCAGUAAGGGUCAUCUGUUAUUGAUACAGCCUGUGUUACUACAGGAGGAAACCUAAACCAAACUAGCUUUAUUUAUACUGGACAGCUAGCUCUAUCAGUUCUAAACUGUUCUCCUAGAGGUCCAGAAAGGAUCAUGAUCUCUUAUUGGUCCAGUAUGGGUCCAGUGUUACUACAAGAAGAAAUCUAAACUAAACUUAUAACUCUAUUUAUGCUGGAUAGCUUGAUCAGUUCAAAACUGUUCUCCCUAGAGGUCCAGCAAGUAUCAUCUCUUAUUGAUCUAAAAACUAUGGCUUUUUAAGAUAAAAUUCUUCUUUCUUUUUAAGUUCGUGAUUGCAAGUUGUUUUUGUCAUCCAUGAGUUCCAAACUGUUGGUUCCAACAAAGUUUUCACCAUGGAAGUAAAGACGAGGUACAAUUUUGAAUUCAGAUAGUUUUAGGGUAGAUUAGUAUGACCAUGCGAGUGCAAUAUACCAUUAUAAUAUCACAUUCAAACAUUUGGUUGUUAAAGGAUUGAUGGUUUCAUAAACAAAUAAAAUCCAAGUUAUUAUCUAUAUUUGGGUGGGAUUUCCGCUUCAUAAUUUUGGUUCAGAGUUCGGAGUAGUUGAUAUGUGAAUCGUUUCAGGCCUGCUUAGGAUUAUGUUUUGGAAUAUGUCUAACACAUAAAGAAAUAUUGCUUUAUUCAUACAUAAUCAGAAAAUGUAUUUAUAGUAGUGGUUAUGCACAAUUACAUAUUUUUCAAAUAUGAAUUUUUAUUAAAUUAACGUAGUUCAUAUGUGUUGCAAUUAGUAUUAUCAUGGAUAAUAAAAUAAAUGGAUAGGAAACUAGCUGACGUGACCUAUUUCAAUCAGCUGAUGGCGUGAUUGGAUGUUGAAACCACAGAAUAGAAAGUAAGUUAUAUUUUCUAUUCUGUGGUUGAAACCUAGUUGCAAACCAAAUUCUCAAAAACGGCAUGUUUAGCAAUAAUACAGCUAAACAUUUUUGUCAAGGAGCAAAUAAAUAUAACCACGCCAUUCUACGAUGAAAACUCUAAGUAUUCCCAGUCAAUUUUAGCAAAUAUUUCAAGCACUAUAAACAGUGAAAAAUACAUCGCAAAUUUCGUUAAAAUUUGUGACGCCAAUUUCGUAGCUACAAAUGUAAAAAAAAAUACAAAACAAAGACGAAAAACAUUUACCUUGAAUACUUUGUCGUGGUUUAGGCAUGUUUUUAAAACAAUUAGACCAGUUUAUGCUUCAAUAUCACCCUUUUAAUUUAAAGUGGAAAAUAUAGCAAAACAACAAAAAUGCCGAGAACUUUGGUAAUAUUCGCAAUACGCGUGACGUCACGUUUUUCAACAAGGAUGCAGUCAAUGACGUCAGGAAGUUUCCUAUCCAGUUAUUUUACAAUCCAUGGUAUUAUACAUUAAAUUUUACACACGUAAAAACGCACAAGUUGUUACAGGUCUGGAAAAAAUUAUUACAAAUCUGUUGACAAGCCGUCAACAAGUUGUGUUUGCAAGUGCUGCUUGUUCCCAGUUGUUGUAACAAGUUUGGAACCGCAAGCUGUUAAAAACUUAAUUGUAACAAGCUUGGUGGCACUAUCAGAUUUGUUACAAAGUUGUUCUUUCAAGUCUGAUACAGUCAUGAUAGAACAAGAAUGUUACAAGGUUGACCACACAAGGUUGUAACAAUAUUGUUAUCAGACUUGUUGUAACAACCUUGCAACAAAUCUGAUAAUAUCAACAAGCUUGUUGCAAGCUGUUAACAGCUUGUUCCAUACUUGGGACAAGCAGUGCGAACACAACUUGUUGACGGCUUGUUGGCAGACUUGCUACAAGAUGUGAGAUUUUUGCUUGUAAAUCUCACAUCUUGUAGCAAGUCUGCCAACAAGUUGUCUUCGCACUGCUUGUCACAAGUUGUCAACAAGUUUGGAAUAUUAUCAGACUUGUUGCAAGGUUGUUCCAACAAGUCCGAUACAGUCAUGAUAUAACAAUAUUGUUAAAACCUUGUGUUGUCAACCUUGUAACAUUCGUGUUAUAUCAUGACUGUAUCAGACUCUUUUAGAACAACCUUGUAACAAGUCUGAUAAUGCUAUCAAGCUUGUUACAAGUUGAUUUAAUUAACAGCUUUUUCUAAACUUGUUACAACAACUGGGAACAAGCAGUGCGAACACAACUUGUUGACAGCUUGUGAACAGAUUUGUAGCAACUUGUUCGCAGACUUGUAACAACUUGUGCGUUUUUACGUGUGUAGUUCAUAUGUGUUGCAAUUAGUAAUCAUACAUUGAAUCCUAUAUGGAGCUUUGAUGUGGUUUAUAUACAAUUCAUGAUGCUUGCAUGCCAAAGAACUUGUCCCAAAGUCCGUUUUAACUAAUCUUCAUUUGGAGUCAACUGCGAUUCCGCCUUUUCUUAUUGGCUUUUUCUUUGUGAGCGGAUUGAACUCGGAUUUAUCACCGAAACAUUUCGGGCAGAGCCAGUCUCCAGGUAGUUCAUCAAACGGAAUGCCUUCGUCCAAGUCACUUUUAGGAUCGUAAAUAUAACGACAUUUCUGACAUUUGAAUUUCAUUGUGUCCAUUGUUCAGUAAUCU